AUGCCACCGCCACCUAAGUUGGGGGAUGAUCAUUCUUUCAACACCAGAUAUGGGUCACUCCAGUUCUUGGCUACACAUAUUUUCCUAUUGGGGGCAGAGACUCCUCUAUCUUUCCAGGUUGCUCGAGGGGGGUUGACAGCAGUGAGGGACAAGUUGGAAACGAUGAGAACAACUCCGGCUGAAAGGGAAUCGAUGGUAAUACCUAAGGAGUUCGAAAGAGUUCUCAACCCCAAAAAAGUGAAGUUCAAGGGAUGUAGAAAAGGAAAGGCAAAAAAACAACAGAAGAAAAAGAAGAGGAAGUGUGGGAGAUGCGAUAGAAGGUACGGUCAUUAUAUUAAGACUUGUCCUGAACCCGAAGGCUACGUGCCGCCAGCUAUUCAAGGACAUACCUCGUGCAUUUUUUGCAAGGCUGCUUUGAUUUUAACUUUGUUGUCUUCUUCAUCUUCUCUUCGAGGUGCCUGA